GGGAGGGAACAGCUGCUGCUUCCGACAAGGAAAUCAGCUAUGAACAAUGACCAUAGUUGACAAGUCGUCAGAAAAGUCUGACCACGAGUCAGUCGGGUUUAACCGCUCCUCCUUCACAAGCGGAGACGUGGGGAUGGACGGCAGUUGUUCCAGCAGCUGGGCAGUGGGUCCCACCAUGCCCAGCGACUCUCCACGGCUCAAGUCUCCAGGAGGCUGUCUGGGUCCGACCCCCGGUGCUGCUGUCUACAACAGCACACCCUCCUCUGUGGACCGGCCCAAGGACCAAGUUAUAAGCAGUGGGGAUGGAAUCGACAUGCCCCAGAAGGUCCUGUUCCCUCCAGAGCGACUCAGCCUGAAGUGGCCACAGGUUCACCGUGUGGGUGCUGGCCUGCAGAACAUGGGGAACACGUGCUUCCUCAACUCAGCCCUACAGUGUCUCACCUACACUCCACCGUUAGCCAACUACAUGCUGUCAAGAGAGCACUCCAAAACAUGGAUUGCAAAGCAUUUCCGCUAUGGAAGUCAGGAGGAUGCACACGAGUUCCUGCGGUACACAGUGGACGCUAUGCAAAAGUCCUGCUUACCUGGAACCAAGUUAGACAGGCAAACGCAGGCAACCACCUUCAUUCAUCAAGUGUUUGGUGGAUACCUUAGAUCCAGAGUGAAAUGUUUAAACUGCAAAUCAGUCUCUGAUACGUUUGAUCCUUUUCUGGAUAUCACUCUGGAAAUUAAGGCUGCUCCUAGUGUGUCCAAAUCUCUGGAGCAGUUUGUGAAGCCAGAACAGCUGGAUGGUGAAAAUGCCUACAAGUGCACCAAGUGCAAAAAGAUGGUCACUGCCUCAAAGAGAUUCACAAUCCACCGCAGCCCCAACGUGCUCACCCUCUCACUCAAACGCUUUGCAAACUUCACAGGAGGAAAAAUCACCAAGGAUGUAAAAUAUUCAGAGUAUCUGGACCUGCGGCCCUUCAUGUCUCAGUGUCAAGGGGAAGCCCAGGURUACGGGCUGUAUGCUGUGCUGGUUCACUCUGGAUUCAGCUGCCAUGCUGGACACUACUUCUGUUACAUUAAGGCUAGCAACGGUCAGUGGUAUCAGAUGAACGACUCCUCUGUGUCAGUGAGCGACAUCCGGUCCGUUCUCAACCAACAGGCUUAUGUUCUUUUCUACAUCAACAGAUCCUCUGAUGGGAAGAAAACUGGGAGCUACAGCAACUUCAGCCAUAACAACCCCGGCAUGUCUGGCCAGUCGUCUCCACGGCCUGUGGUGACGCCACGCAUCCACACCACCUCCAACCACAACAGUAUUGGCUUCAUAGGUCCACAGUUACCACCACAUAUGACCAAGAGUGCUCCUCACGUUAAUGGGAAUGGAUCCCUGAAGGACUACCCCAGCAGCUCCAAGGCCAGCACCAGCAGCAGCGCAGUUGGAAAACCUUCUUCCUCCAUCUCCCACUCGAUCAGCCGGCCCACGAUGAUCCCAGACCAAGACAAACGGCAGAAGCUGUCGUUUUUCAUCGGACAAGGCAAACCGAAUCGAGUGGCCCCUUCGUCCUCCUACAGCCAGCCGUCCUCUGCGAGCAGCUCCUCCUCAUCCUCCUCCUCCUCCUCCUCCUCCUCCUCACAGUCUACCUCAGACGCUUGCUUCGUUCCACAUCAGCUGAACCACGUUAACGGCACGUCCUGCAGUAACGGGGACCACCCCGCUGGGAACGGGGCAUCCUUCCUGGUGCCGUACAGCCAGGAGUCUUCUGAAGAAUCGGAUCAGGAAAACGGCGGCGCUGUAGACAACGUCCGCUUGUCCAAGUCUCAAACUAAAGAAACCAACGUUCCAGCAGAUGUCUGUCCUCGCUCUCCUAAAAACACAGACGGUGAAUCAGAAGUGCACAAAAACGGUAAUGAGUUAAACGGACCAAGCUGUGGAGACUCUAAAUCCACCCAGAAUGGACAUGUUUAUGGACACCAUCAAAUGAAUGGACACAACACUCCUGAUAAGGUCUCUGUCAGUAAUCACAGCAGUUCAUCCUCUGUGGGUGCUGUGGCUAAUGGACUCAGCAGUCAUUGUCAACCAAACAAAGAGACACCAGAGUCUGCCUCAUCCCAAUCCAGUUCUUCUCAGAACUGUCCUCCUGCUGCUAAUGAAAGUGGACACUUCCCUGCCGCAGACACAAGGGCUAAAACGCUGUCUGACCCUCUGCCUCCCCACACACCAUCCUCUGCUGUUAGUGCUCCACCCUCAGCCAUGACUACAGAGACCCACUCCGCUGCACCUAAACAGUCUGCUCCCUCUGAGCAUCCUGGGAACCUCACGGCCUUAUCCUCGGAGCCGGACAGCGGUCAAGAUGCCAGUGCUGGUCCUCAGAAGGUAAAUGAAGAUGAAGCUAAGGAUUCCUCACAGACCAACGGUCCAUCAGCAGGAACUGAAGGACACCUGGAACACAAGGCUCAGUUCCAGUCCAAACCCAGGCCGCCCUGUCCACACAGGGAGCGAGACAGACUGCACUCGGACUACAGCCGACCCAGAGACAGGCACUACAGGGACAGGAGUCCACUUCGAGAAAGUCACAGCGACCGUCAUCGGUACCGACGAGACUACAGAGAUCACUAUCGCUCACGAGACCGUUUCCCUCCUCCUGAACGUAAACACAGAGACUGGGAGUUCGAACAUCACCGGCAGCGAGCCGGCCCGCACUACUGGGAUCACGUCCGCGACAGAUCCUAUUACAACCACCAACGGUUUGAAGGGGGCCACGAGCGGAGGGGAUACCCCUACCGCGAGGAGUCCCACAGUCGAUGGAAGUGGCACCAGGACAGUCGAGACUCACGACCGGCGAAGGAGCGAAGGAACGCCUGGGACAGAGACUAUUACCGCUCCAAGGAGAGGAGCUCUUCCCCCGCUGCACAUUCAGAAACAAACAAGUUCUUACCUCCUCGAGCGCGCCCCUCAGAUACCGACUCGUCUCUUAGGAAGUCGGACCAGAGUCCUGAUCACAUGAAAAAAGACCGAGCGGACAGUUCUGAGACGUACCGCUCUAAAAAACACAAAAAAAGCAAGAAAAAGAAGAAGUCUAAAGAUAAAGACAGGCACCAUGUGAGCAGCUCAGACGUGGACUCGGACCGAGAAACCCGGAGGAAGAAGAAAAAGAAGAGGAGGCACAGGGACAGCGACUCGGAGCAGCGGAGUCCGGGCCCAGCUCGGRUCAACGACGACAACAACGGAAGCAGCGAAGAAAGGGAGAAGAAACGCCAUCACGCCGACACAAAGGACUCUAAACACGACGGCGACCUGUUUCCAGAGAAACGUCUCCACACGGACGGCAGCAGGGAUCAUCUACUCCCCCGGCAUCACAACCSCACUGCAAACGAUUCAAGUCACGCCCACCUCAAUGGAUACACAGGUAAUGGUUCCAGCCAAACCAGUAACUCCUCCAGUGGCUCUAAACACUCACUCUGAACACGGACACCGUUAGACAACAGCAGAGGAAUAUCAAGAACUUUCUGAAGUGGUGCUUCUUCACUGGGAUUGAACAUUUUUACCAGAACAAGUGUUUUAAAUGUGCAAAAACUUUCUUUUUCCUUUCUUUUGGGGGGGUUUUAAACCAGUGUUUAUUUCUUACCUUAAAACUCAUAUGAUUAAAAAAAAGACAAAAAAAAAAAAAACUGUCACCAGUUGAACAUUUAUUAUUAAAAUAACUAAUAUAUACUUGUUUGAAUACAAACCAAGCUCGGAGCUCAAACAUCUCAGUUGCUGCUCAGUGGAACUCAGGACUCGUGAACUUUCUAACAUCCAUCGGUUAUCUUUCUGCUUCAACGGAGAAUUGAACAAAAAGAAGAAAAAAAAAAGGGAGAACGUUUUGCCUGGAAGAAGACCUGCAAUACACGGUGUCAAGUGAAAGUCGAAGAUGUCACCAUAUCUGCACAGCUGCAGCGUUUUAAAAAAA